AUGGUGCUCAAUGAGUCGGGGUCACUCCAACAAUCCACAUGGAAUGACCGACACCAGCGGUGGAUAGAAUUCUGGUUCUCCCCGAGGGACCAGUGCUAUUAUUACGGCAAUUGUGGGCCCAAUAGCAACUGCAAUCCGUAUAACAUGACACAAUUCGAUUGCACAUGCCUGCCAGGGUUUGAGCCCAACUCCCCGGGCAAUUGGUACAUAAGGGAAGGAUAUGCAGGGUGCGUAAGGAAGCUCAGGGCAUCGGCAUGUCGAAGCGGGGAUGGAUUCGUAAAGGUGGCAAGCGUCAAGGUGCCGGACACCUCAAAAGCACAUGCUAACAUGAGCUUGAGCUUGAAGGAAUGUGAGGAGGAAUGCCUGGGGGAUUGCUCUUGCACAGCUUAUGCUAGUGCCAAUGAGAGCCUGGGAGCUCAUUAUAGGAAAAGAAAAUCCCUCAGCCGAAAGGCAACGGUUGCGAUAGUUCUGGUUUCGAUUUUGAGUGCUCUACUGCUCGCCGGCUCCUUCUCAUACCGCUUGGUGAUCGGGAAGAGAAAGGAUCGCAGAAGCCAUAAUCCACUAAAUGAUAUCAUGAAUUCAACAUAUUUCGACGGCUCUCGGAGUGUAAAAGACUGGGACAACAGACCCGGAGGAAAUAGAGAUGUGCCACUCUUUGAUCUGAGCAUUGUAGCUUCGGCAACAAAUAAUUUCUCCAUCCUCAGUAAGCUCGGUCAAGGCGGUUUUGGAUCAGUAUACAAGGGCAUUAUGGACAAUGGAACGGAAAUAGCGGUCAAACGACUAUCGAAACAUUCGGGACAAGGAGUUGAAGAAUUUAAGAACGAAGUCCGGUUGAUUGCAAAGCUCCAACACCGGAACCUGGUGAGAAUACUUGGCUGCUGUGUCGAAGAAGACGAGAAAAUGCUAAUUUACGAAUAUUUGCCGAACAAAAGCUUGGAUGCCUUCCUUUUCGACACAACGAAAAGAUUGAUGCUGGAUUGGAGGAAACGGUUCAACAUCGCAUCCACGGUGGCUCGAGGACUCUUGUACUUGCACCAAGAUUUGAGGCUUAGGAUCAUCCACCGUGACUUAAAGGCCAGCAACGUCCUACUUGACGCGAUGAAUCCAAAGAUAUCAGAUUUCAGUAUGGCUAGGAUAUGCGGGAAGGACCAAACCCAAGGAAACGCAAAUCGAGUAGUAGGAACAUUCGGGUACAUGUCACCGGAGUAUGCAAUGGGAGGUAUAUUUUCAACAAAAUCCGACAUCUAUAGCUUCGGAGUUUUGCUGUUGGAGAUCAUCAGUGGCAAAAGGAACAGUGCAUAUUACCAUGAAAAUCCUUCUUCCAGUUUGGUAGGCCAUGUAUGGGAGCUAUGGAAGGAAGGAAACUGUGCCGGCAUUGUCGACAAGUCGAUGAGUGAUUCGUGCUCCGAAGAGGAGGCCUUGAGGUGCAUCCAAAUCGGUCUUUUGUGCGUGCAAGAAUCUGCGGACGAUGGGCUGAACAUGUCCACGGUUGUGUUCAUGUUGGCAAAUAACGACGUGAGAGAGAACCAAGUUCUUGAGAGCGCGUUAGGGCUUGGGCUUUUCUCUCUUAAGAGGAUGAUUGAACACCGUUGUGACUCGGACGAUGAACUCAGCAGUGUCGAGGCUUUGAAUGCCAGCCAUGCCAGUUCGAUGAGCAACAGCUACUACGGUAGCUGCAGCAGCUUCAGCCGCCCCUCGUUUGACGCGGCGCUGCUCAAUCACCGCCACGGCCUAGGCCCCGCCUCUGCCGCCGAGGCCCUCGCCAUAAAGCCGCACCGAUUUUCCUCUAACUCCCUCUGCCGCUGA